GGAAUCGCAGCAAUUCGUCAUAGCCCCAAAGGACCCAACUCGGUGGUGACCUAUGAGAACAUCUCCGAACUCGCGGGCGACGGUCAGUUGAUGCCAAGCACCGAACCCACAAACCCACGUCACCGAUUGAUUUUGGUGGCCUAUAUAAACGAGCCCACAUGCGGGGCCUGGCCACCAUACCUCGACUCUCAUCAUGAGCCUCUCCCUUCUCGCUCUCCCACUCCUUGCUGCAAUGGAAGUGGCGGUAGCUCAAAUUGCUACGACGAUAAUGGAAAUCAAGUCGCAUGUCCAGUAAACAAGACGGCCAUCAUCGCUGGCGUAGUGGUUGGUGGCGUGGCCCUGAUUCUGAUCAUCACCUUUGCGAUCAUCUUUUUCAAUCGGAGGAGGAAACGAAUGAGGGCUGCCGCGGGUGUGCUACCCACCCACCGGGCUGUCGAUUCGACAGAAAAGCCUCCCACUUAUCAGGGAACUGCACCGGCUGGGUUCCACACAAAUGAGAAAGUUGGAGCACCGCCUGCUGCACAUAUAAACGAUAGCCAUCAACAGGUGUCCACUGUCGUCCCUCCUGAGGGGGGGCACCUGUCGGAAGCUCUAAAUGGACCAAAGUCCCAAAACAAAUUUAUCAAAAAAUUGAAUUUGAUUUUUUGUGAUAAUGCACUCAGGGGCCAGUCGAGCACCAGUCCAAGCUCCGAGUCGCCGCUAAUUUUCCCGAACCACAACGCGUUUGGUUUAGGCAUGCCAACAACGCGUCCAAGUGUGAACACAAACUCCCCAGUUAAAUUAAACUUUGAUGACAAACUCACGGGACGAGGUCUUAGUAGUGACAAUCUUCAACGUAAAUUGAAGACUCUUCUCGAUGAAUUACACUCCAUUACUGAGGCCGAGCCAGAAAACAUCGACCUAGCCUCUUUCGCCACUGUCCGGAAGGAGCUCAUUGGGACCUCUCUCAUUCUUCAUAAAGACAAAGGAGUAAAGGCAUAUACUGCUUGUUGCAUUGCAGAGCUUCUCAAUGUGUAUGCUCCUGAUGCACCGUACACGGCGAAUGAACUCAAG